GCCGCCCCCCGCCCUAUCGAAGCCUCUUUGUCCCCCCCGCGGGGGAGGGGGUGACGCGGCCACCGCCGGUGCCACCCGAGGCGGGGGGGGGACACCCCUAAAAUCGAGGUGACCCCCCCAGACCCCUGAACCACCCCCGGACACGCGGCCCCCUCCCCCCCUUCAUCCAUAGGGGCCGCUGGGGCUGGCGAGGGGGGGAGGGGGGAGGGGGCACCCCCUAAAAUUGGGUGUGUGGGGGGAGGUGGGGGAGUGGGCACAACCAUGGCCGCCGAUCUGGGGGACCCCAAAACUCCCGCGUCCCCCCCCGGCCCCCCAAAACGCUUCUUCCGCAAGAGCGUGGAGCUGCUGGAGGAGGAGGAGCGGGGCGAGCGCGGCGGCGGCGGCGGCGACCCCGGCCCGCGGGGAGACCCCCGGCUCGGGGGGGGCGAGGAGGGCGAGGAGGAGGCGGAGAUGAAGGCCGUGGCCACCUCGCCCGGUGGCCGCUUCCUCAAGUUCGACAUCGAGCUGGGGCGCGGCGCCUUCAAGACGGUCUUCAAGGGCUUCGACACCGACACCUGGGUGGAGGUGGCUUGGUGUGAGCUGCAGGACCGCAAGCUGACCAAGGCGGAGCAGCAGCGCUUCAAGGAGGAGGCCGAGAUGCUCAAGGGGCUGCAGCACCCCAACAUCGUCCGCUUCUACGACUCCUGGGAGUCCUCGCUCCGCGGCAAGAAGUGCAUCGUCCUCGUCACCGAGCUCAUGACCUCGGGCACCCUCAAAACGUACCUCAAGAGGUUCAAGGUGAUGAAGCCGAAGGUGCUGCGGAGCUGGUGCCGGCAGAUCCUGAAGGGGCUGCAGUUCCUGCACACGAGGACGCCGCCCAUCAUCCACCGCGACCUCAAGUGCGACAACAUCUUCAUCACCGGCCCCACCGGCUCCGUCAAGAUCGGCGACCUGGGGCUGGCCACGCUCAUGCGCACGUCCUUCGCCAAGAGCGUCAUCGGGACCCCCGAGUUCAUGGCCCCCGAGAUGUACGAGGAGCGCUACGACGAGUCCGUGGACGUCUACGCCUUCGGGAUGUGCAUGCUGGAGAUGGGCACGUCCGAGUACCCCUACUCCGAGUGCCAGAACGCCGCCCAGAUCUACCGCAAAGUCACCAGCGGCAUCAAGCCAGCGAGUUUCCACAAGGUGACAGACCCUGAGGUGAAGGAGAUCAUCGAGGGCUGCAUCCGGCAGAACAAGGCUGAGAGGCUGUCCAUCCGGGACCUGCUGGACCACGCGUUCUUCGCCGAGGACACGGGGCUGCGCGUGGAGCUGGCCGAGGACGCACGCGGGGCUGACCCGGCGCUGGCGCUGCGGCUCUGGGUGGAGGACCCCAAAAAGCUCAAGGGCAAGCACAAGGACAACGAGGCCAUCGAGUUCAGCUUCAACCUGGAGGCUGAUGUCCCCGAGGAGGUGGCCUAUGAGAUGGUGAAAUCCGGGUUCUUCCACGAGAGCGACUCCAAGGCCGUGGCCAAAUCCAUCCGGGACCGGCUGGCGCUGGUGAGGAAGACGCGGGAGAAGAAGCAGGCGGAGGGCAGGGGGGGCCCCGAGAGCCGGGGGGGCCCCGAGAGCGAAGACACCGAGGUCGAUCAGCACGUGAGGCAGCAGCUGCUGCGGGAGCAGCCCCCGCCCGGCCCCGCCGAGGGGCUCCCGGACAAUGUCCCCCCCCAGGAUGUCCCCGGUCCCUGCGGUGUCACCGGAGCACCCGAGCAGCUCUGGGGGUACCCACAGGGACCCCAGGAUGGGGUGUCCCCCCCUGUGCCACCACCGGUGGCCCAGGGGACCGAGGGGACAGCAGAGGAUGGCACCGGAGGAGCCGCCACGGAGCCACCUGGGCCUGAGGGGGACCCCUGUGGCUGUGGCGGGGGGUCGGUGACAGUGGGGACACAGCCACAGGUGGCACCCGGGGCACCGGGGCCGGGGAUGGCACCCAGAGUGGCAGCGGGGGUGGCACUGCCAGCUGCGGGGGUGACAGCGGCUCCUGGAGUGUCACCAGCACACGGGGUGCCACCUCCUGCUGGAGCGCCACCGGCCUCGGGGGGGACACCAGCUCUGGGGGUGCCACCUCCAGCCGGAAUGUCACCAGCUCCAGGGGUGACACCAGCCCAGGGGAUGCCACCAGCUCCAGGGGUGACACCAGCCCAGGGGAUGGCAUCAGUGCCAGGGGUGACACCAGCUCCAGGAAUGUCACCAGCUCCAGGGGUGACACCAGCCCAGGGGAUGCCACCAGGAGUGCCAGCCCCAGCUGGGGUGCCACCACAGUUGGUCCCCAUGGUGCAGCUGCAGCCAGGCCUUGGAAUGCCACCAACAGCGCCUGGGAUGCCGCCAGCCCAGGGGAUGCCACCAGGUCCAGGAAUGCCACUGCCGUCUGGGAUGCCACCAGCCCAGGGGAUGCCGCCACAGCCAGUCCCCACCAUGCAGCCGCAGCUGGUGCCAGGGAUGUCACCAGCUCCAGGGAUGCCACCAGUGUUGGGGAUGUCACCAGCUCUGGGGGUGCCACCACUGUCUGUCAUGACACCGGUCAUGGGGAUGUCACCAGCCCCGGAGAUGCCACCUCCGUCUGUGAUGCCACCAGUCAUGGGGGUGUUACCAGCCCCAGGGGUGCCACCUGCCCAAGGGAUGCCACCACCGUCCAUGAUGCCACCAGCCUCAGAGAUGCCACCACCAUCCGUGGUGCCACCGGCCAUGGCAAUGCCACCAGCACAAGGGAUGCCACCAGCACAAGGGAUGCCACCAGCACAAGGGAUGCCAGCUCCACCCAUGAUGCCACCAGCCCAAGGGAUGCCAACUUCAUCCGUGAUGCCACCAGUCCCAGGGGUGCCACCUCCAUCUGUGCUGCCACCAGCCCCGGGGAUGCCACCAGCCCCAGAGAUGCCACCACCAUCCAUGAUGCCACCAGCCAUGGGGAUGUCACAAGCUCCAGAAAUGCCACCGCCAGCCAUGAUGCCACCAGCCAUGGGGAUGCCACCAGCCCCAGAGAUGCCACCACCAUCCAUGAUGCCACCAGCCCCGGGGAUGCCACCAGCCCCAGAGAUGCCACCACCAUCCCCAAUGCCACAACCCCCGAUGCCCCCUGGCCCCGAGGACCCCUCGGUGCCCGCCGAGGCCGCGUCCCUGCUGCGUGUCCCCGAUGUCCCCGAUGUCCCCGGGCCGCGUGCCCGGCAGCGCCGCGCGUCGUGCCAGCGCCCCGCCCGCUUCCAGCUCACCGUGCUGCAGGUGUCCUCAGCUGGGGACAACACGGUGGAGUGCCAGCUGGAGACCCACGACAGCAAGAUGGUCACCUUCAGGUUUGACGUGGACGGGGACGCGCCCGAGGACAUCGCCUGCUACAUGGUCGAGGACAACUUUGUCCUGGAGGGGGAGCGGGACAAGUUUGUGGAGGAGCUCAAGGCCAUCGUGGAGCAGGCGCGGGGGCUCCUCGGGACCCCCGCCCCGGACCCCCAGGUGGGACCCCUGGAGCCGCCAGCGGGUGGGGAAGGAGCCCCCCAGUCGUCGCCCGUGGGGCGCUGGAGGUUCUGCAUCAACCAAACCAUCCGGAACCGUGAGGCCACCGGCCCCGGGGGACCCCCGCCCGCCCGGAGAGCCCUGGGGACGUCCCAGGGGGGUUCCCCAGGACAGGGGACAAACAAGAGCGGAGCGUCGGAGCAGGAUGGGCCAGGGGGGCCGGAGAUGGGCGUCCCCAAAGCCCAGGAGCUGGAUGUCCCCCAGGGACAGGAGUCAGCUGUCCCCAAACCGGAGGAGCUGGCUGUCCCCCAGGCUUUGGGGACAUCUGUCACCGGUCCCCAGGAGGUGGCUGAACCCACAGCACCAGAGAGGAUCAACCCCGAACCCCAAGAUCUGGGGGCUCCCCAAGGCUCGGGGCUGAGCGUCCCCAGCCCUGGACACCCGGACGUGGCUGUCCCCAAACCUCCGGAGCUCAAUGGCCACCGAGAGCCCCUCGUCCCUGGGGACACAGAGCCAGGUGUCCCCCAGGGACAGGGGACAGUCACUGCCCCAUUGGAGCAGGAGGGACCCAGGGAACCGCCCGAGCCCACAGAGCCGGACGUGUCCCAAGAGCCAGGUGACCCCCAAGGACUGGGGACAUUCGUCACUGGACCCCCUGAGCCACCAGGUGACCCCCAAGGACUGGGGACAUUCGUCACUGGACCCCCUGAGCCACCAGGUGACCCCCAAGGACUGGGGACAUUCGUCACCGGUGCUUGGGGACAGGAGGGACCCCCGGGACCAGAGUGUCCCCAAACACUGAACCCCCAGACCCCACUGACCCUGGUGUACCCCGGCUGCCGUGCCCCCGCCCGCCCCCCGCCCGGGGGUGCCUCGUUCCCGCUGGGGCUGUGCCCCCGCCUGCGCAGCCCCCGCAAGGGCUGGGGGCGCCGCAUCAAGAGCUGGGCCCGGCGCCUGCGCCCCCCCUCCGCGGGGGGGGAACCCCACACAGAGGAGCCGGAGGAACUCGGGGACCCCUCAAGGCGAGGCCACUGCCAGCCACCCCCCGAGCCCCCCGAGCCCGAGGGCGACUGGGGGGGCCCCAGCUCGGGCAGCGAGAGCGGGGGGCUGGGGGGAACCCCGCACCCCCCCGGGGCCCCCCUGCUCCCCCCGGGGUCCCCCGAGACCCCCCUGAGCAGCGACGGGGACUCGGAGCCCGAGGACGAGGCGCUGCGGGAGCAGCUGCGGCGGCUGCGGGAAAAGCACAUCCAGGAGGUUCUGGAGCUGCGGGCGCGGCAGGACCGGGAGCUGCGGGAGCUGCACCGGCGGCUCCGAGCCCUCAAAGAGGCGCGGGGGGAGCCCCCGAAAGGGAGGGGGCGGCGCGACCCCCCCCCAGCGAGGCCAUGGGGGUCCCCACGGCGGCCUCGGGGCGCCCGGGCACGAGGGCGGGGCCGGGGCGUGGCCCUGACAGAGGCCUCAGCCCCCUCCCCGGGCCCCCCGGCCCCCCCAAAAAAGGGGCUCUUCACCGACGACCUGCACCGGCUGGUGGAUGAGUGGGUCCAGGACACGGCCAGGGCCCAGGCCACCUCCUCGUGGGUCUCCACGCUGCGCGGCGCCCGCGGGACCCCCCGAAAAUGGGGGGAGCUGCCCCCCCCCAAACCCGCCCUGCGUGGGGGGGGCAGCCCCCUCCCGCCGGGGGCUGAGUGAGGGGGGGUCCCGGACCCCGAUCCCCCCCCAGCCCCCCCGGUUUUGGGUCAAAACCCCCUUAUUUUGGGUCAAAACCGAUUUCCAGUCCCGAAAUCACUUUGUUUCACCCCCAAACCCCACUUGUUUAACCCCCCCCCAUUGGGUGACCCCAAAUUUCCAGCCUGAAAAUGACCCAAUUUUACCCCAAAAUUCCCCUUCUUUUGGGUCCUGUGGUGUGAGCCCCGUUUCUGGCCCCAAAAUUGCCUUAUUUUGCCCUAAAAUUCCCCUUUUUUUUGCUGCCUCCGUGGGCUGAACCCAGUUUUUGGCUUCAAUUCGCUCCCCAAAUCCCCUUUUUAGGAUACUCAACCCUCCCAAUUUCUGGCCCCAAAACCACCUAAUUUUGACCCCAAAUCUCCCCUUUUUGGCCCCAAAAUUUCUCUUUUAUCCCAACCCCACCUUUUUUGGGGUCAUUCCCCCUUUGAAAGGUGACCCCACUUUCUGGUGCCCAAAAUACCCUCAUUUUACUCCAAAACUCCCCUUUUUUGUGCCCUGUCCACCCCAAUUUUCUGCCCUAAAUCCCUAAUUUUACCCCAAAAUCUCCUUUUUGGGUCUUUCCCCCUGUGCAUGAGGUGACCCCAUUUUCUAGCCCCCAAAUCACCUCAUUUCACCCCAAAAAUCUCCUUUUUUGUGGCCUUUCCGCCCCUCUUUUUCACACCCCCUGAAUGUGAUGCCACUUGUUGGCCCCAAAAUUGCCUUGUUUCACCCCAAAACCCCCUUUUUGGGCCUAUCUCCCCUUUUUUACCCCUCCCACAACAUUACCCCACUUUUUGCUCCCCAAAUUGCAUCAUUUCACGCCCAAAAAAUCUCUUUUAGGGCCUGCCCUUCCCCUCAGGAUAUCACCCCAAUUUUCAGCCCCAAAAUCUCCUCAUUUCACACAAAAAUCCUCCUUUUUGGGCCUUGCCGCUCUUUUUGUCCCCACACAAAGUGACCCCAAUUUUUAGCCCCCAAACGGCCUCGUUUUGCCCCAAAACACGAACAGUUGAACCCCAGCUUCUCAUUUACCCCAAAAUUCCUUUUUUUUCCCCCUUCGAAACUCUCCAAAGCCCCCAAAAUUCCCAUUUUUCACCCAAAGCCCCUCACAGGCCUGGAAUUCCCCCUCAUGUGACCUCAGUGGAGGGCAGUGGGCUGUACUGGUUUUACUGGUGACUCACCCACCCUAUACUGGUCAUACUGGUGCAACAACCCCCUCUCAUUCCUGUACUCCUCCCUCAGCCCAUUUUUGGGUCAUUUUGUCGUGUUUUCCUCUCAUCUACCUCACCCCUUCACCAAGCCAGUGAGAUUUCGGGGUGAAUUCUCGGCUGUUCUGGUUCGAGAGGGUGGGCAAGGCGUUUGUUUUGCGGGGAAAUUGUUAAAAAGCGCGAGAAAGAAAAAAAAAAAUCCUAAAAUUUAAGAAAUAAAAGCGUGGCUGGUGCGCGCCACUCCCAAAA